CACAUACACAACCACAGUCAUGGUACGUGUCGCCGACUGCUCCUACACGCGAUUCUUGCUGACCCAUAUCCUAGGCGAACUCAACGAUUGUUUCCAAUGCGGCCAACGUAAGUCUCACUGCUCGCGUGCUGCCAUCAAAUAUCUGCUAACGCGCAUUGCAGCUCAAGAAGUACCUCGACCUCCCCCAGAAGGGCGCCGUCAUGGCCGAGUACGUCUGGAUAGACGGUUCCAACGGAAUCCGCUCCAAGUCAAAGACUCUCAAGAGCAAGGUCGAGAGCCUCAAGGACCUCCCAGAAUGGAACUUUGACGGUUCGUCGACGGGCCAGGCGCCCGGCGACAACUCGGACGUCUACCUCCGCCCCGUUGCAUACUACCCCGACCCCUUCCGUCUGGGCGACAACGUCCUGGUCAUGUGCGAGACGUAUAUGUCGGAUGGCUCGCCCAACGCCUACAACUUCCGCCACGACGCCGCCAUCAUCUUCGAGAAGCACAAGGAGCACGGCUUCUGGUUCGGUCUGGAGCAGGAGUACACCCUUCUCGACGAGUUUGGCUGGCCUUACGGAUGGCCCAAGAACGGCUUCCCCGCCCCUCAAGGCCCCUACUACUGCGGUGUCGGUACCGGCAAGGUCUUCUGCCGUGACAUUGUCGAGGCUCACUACAAGGCCUGCAUGUACGCCGAGAUUGCCAUCUCCGGCACCAACGCCGAGGUCAUGCCCGCCCAGUGGGAGUACCAAGUCGGUCCCUGCCCCGACAUCUCGCUCGGUGACCAGCUCUGGAUGUCGCGCUUCCUGCUCCACCGCGUCGCUGAGGAGUUCGGCGCCAAGGUUACCUUUGCGCCCAAGCCCAUCCCCGGUGACUGGAACGGUGCCGGUCUGCACACCAACGUCUCCACCAACGAGACUCGUGGCGACAACGGCAUGAAGGCCAUCGAGGCCGCCAUGGAGAAGCUGUCCACCCGCCAAGCCGAGCACAUGGCCGUCUACGGCUCAGACAACCAGCUCCGCAUGACCGGCAAGCACGAGACUGCUUCCUACGACAAGUUCACCUGGGGCGUCGCCAACCGCGGUUCCUCUGUCCGUAUCCCUCGCGCUGUCGCAGCCGAGGGCAAGGGCUACUUCGAGGACCGCCGCCCUGCCUCCAACGGUGACCCAUACCAGAUCACCGGCAUAAUCGCUGAGACCAUGUACGGCAAGGUCGAGGGCGCCGAUGUCGCCAGGUUCGCCAAGAAGGCGGAAACCGUCGAGACCGAGAUGGUCAUUGACAUCCACAAGCCAUAAACAAAUCUUCCUUUGCUCCUUCUUCAUACCCCCUUUCGCGCUUAGACUAUUUGUUUGAUGAUGUGGCCGCCUUCUUUUGAUGGCUGGCUCUUGGGCAACAGUGUUUGGUCUUGUUCUCCUCAUGCAUAACAGCCUUUGAGGUUGCUUGACGACUUGGAAUGGAACUGGAACGUAAUAGCACGAGCAAUGAAUUAUGUCCAAUUGUCUUGA